AUGUACAUUACUCUCUACUACAUCGUCACCCGCCUCCCUAACUCCCUUCGCGUAGUCACGGACCACUUCCUCUCAUUAUGCCCCACCACUCUCACCGUUGACCUCCUCAAGAAGGCCCUCCUAGCAGCGGAGAAGAGCAUAGUCGCUGUAGGAGCCUCUUGUGGUGACCCUCGCACCCCCAUCUUUGAGGGUCGGUCGGUGCGGCGUCUACCCCUAGUGGGAGACGCCGUCAUGGCAAGGGCAAGGGGGGCAGGGGCGCUGAAGGAGCUAGCGGGGGCUCUGGAGGCGGCGGAGGGAGUGGGGGUGGCGGUGGGGGUGGUGGCGGGGGUGGAGGUGUCCGUGGCGGCAGUGGAGGCGGAGGCGGCAGCGGUGGCGGUGGGAGCGGAGGUGGCGGAGGUGGCGGCGGUGGAGGAGGCGGUGGCAGAGGAGGUGGAGCUGGUCGGGGUGGCGCUGCGCAAAGGGUCGGCUCCGGUAGUGCGGGGUGGGGGUACUGGUCCGUGCACCUACGUCCUACGCACCGGCGACCGCGCGGGUGAGCAGUGUGGGGGUGCGCACUCCACCUAUCGCUCCUUUGGCCGCCUGACGGACGCUUGGCGUCACCAGUUUCCGGAGGCCACGGAGAUCCCCCGGUGGGGUGAGCUGUCUAGGGCGGGAGUAGCUAUCUUUGACCUUGACUUUGAUGCUAUUUUUGCUGCCAUGUAUGUUGUGACUAUUAGUGAUGAGGGUGACUGUUACCGGUGUUUCCCGCUCGACUCGGGCAUUGAGAUUGCUGCUCUAGGUACUGGUGAGGCUGCUGCUCUAGGUGCUAGCAAGGCUGCUGCUCUAGGUGCUAGUGCGUCUGCUUCCUCAGGUGCUGGUGAGUCCGCGCUCUCAGGUACCGAGUCAGCUUCGGCCUCCCUGACCUUCACCCUUGACUCCGGGGCUUCUCGCACCUUCUUUCCAGACCGCACCACACUCACGCCGCUUGGUCGGCCAGUUGCAGUCUCUCUAGCAGACUCCUCUGGGGGUCCUGUCCUUGCUCACUUCUCCACUAACCUCCCGUGUCCGGCGGCUCCCUCUGGCACCCUGUCUGGUCUUUACCUCCCCUCGUUCUCUACGAACUUGGUGAGUGGUGCUGACCUACAGGAUGGGAGAGUUCACCAGUUCACUCCUGCGAGCCAGCGGGUGGCCCACUGCACGGACGCUUUGACGGGCCGACACUUGGCCACAUUUACUCGUUGGACGGGGUCGAGCCUGUACACACUGACCACUACGUCUCCUCCUGUCCCUGCGUCUGGUCAGGUAGCUGCGUCGAGUCAGGUGUUUGAUGUAGGGUCCAGAUCUGGUCCUGAGUCUGCCCCCUGCUCGUAUCGUCUCCUGUCUCACGAGACUCUCCUCUGGCACCACCGCCUUGGUCACCCCUCCCUGCUUCGUCUCCAAGGCAUGGUCUCCUGUGUCCUUGUCUCUGGUCUUCCCCGGUCCCUCACUCCCCUUCCUCCGGGGCCUGGCCCUACCUGCGUCCCCUGUGUCGAGGGACGGCAGUGGGCUGCUCCUCACUCCUCCCUGUUUCCUCCGACAGAGGCCCCCUUGCAGACGCUUCACAUGGACGUGUGGGGCCCCGCCCGCGUCCGUGGACUGCGUCACGAGCGCUACUUCCUGCUGGUUGUUGACGACUACUCACGUUACACCUCAGUCGUCCCCUUGCACAGCAAGGGUGAUGUCACUGAGACCUUCACGCUUCCGGACUCUCCACAGCAAAAUGGGAUUGCUGAGCGCCGCAUUGGCAUGGUCAUGGACGUUGCCCGUACGUCCAUGAUGCACGCGGCUGCCCCCAUUUUCUGUGGCCGUUUGCGGUUCGGGACGGUUGGCGAUGCGUCUGCGUUCCGUGUCUGGAGAUCUCGGGCGUUUGUCCGCGACUUGUCUGCGGACAAGCUGUCCCCUCGUGCGGCUCCUUGUGUCUUCCUAGGCUUCCCCCCUGACGCCCCUAGGUGGCAGUUCUACCACCCCACCUCUCGCCGUGUUCUGUCCUCCCAGGACGUCACGUUUGACGAGUCAGUCCCCUACUACCGCCUCUUUCCCUACCGCACUCCGUCCCUCCCCCCGCCGCCGCUCUUCCUCGUACCAGUCGAGCCUGUCGAGGUCACUGGUGACUCUUGUGCUGCUGAGGGUGCUGAGCCUGGGGGUGCUGACUCUGGGGGUGCUGAGACUGGGGGUGCUGAGAUUGGGGGUGCUGAGACUGGGGGUGUUGAGACUGGGGGUCCUAAGCCUGGGGGUGCUGAGCCUGGGGGUGGUACGCCUUGGGGUGCUGAGCCUGGGGGUGCUACGUCUGGAGGUGCUGAGCCUGGGGGUAUGGAGCCUGAGGGGGCUGGGCCUGCUUGUGUGGCGUCUGGCGGUGCUGGGCCUGGAGGUUCUCCGGGUGCUUCGUCUCGGCGGGAGCAACUCUCUCCACAGGAGCUGCGCGAGUGGUUUGCCCGACGCUGGAGCCGUGCUGCUAGAGCUGGAGGGUCUUCGGCUGCUGAGGGUGCUGGUGCCGCGGGUCCCGGAGGUGCUCAUACUGGAGGUACUGGAGUUGCUUGGCCGGCAGGUGCGACUGGAGCUGGAGCUGCUGAGGGUGUUGGUGCUGAGGCUACUACUGUCGGUCCUGGAGGCGGUGCUAUUGUAGGUGCUACUGGUGCUGCUGGAGGUUCUGGAGCUGUGGGUGCUGCUGUUGCUGGUGCUGCUGCUGGGGGUGCUGGUACCGUCUUUGCUGUGUCUGGAGUCGCUGAGCGGCCUCGGCCGUACUUCGUUCCGCUCCUUUAG